UGCAAAGAUCGUGGUCAAGUUGAAGCCACGUGACUUUUCGCGGCGUUGUUUGGCAAAAGCCUCUGAAGUAAACAAAGGAUGUAAGAUCGAGAGUUCCUCGGCAAAUGAGCCACCAUGAUCAGGUUCAUCCUUGUGCAGAACCGUCAAGGGAAGACACGGUUGUCGAAGUGGUAUGUUCCGUACGACGACGAUGAGAAGGUCAGACUCCGAGGUGAAGUGCACAGACUAGUUGCUCCGCGCGACCAGAAACAUCAGUCGAACUUUGUUGAGUUCAAGAAUUACAAGAUCGUGUACAGGCGCUAUGCCGGUCUCUUCUUUUGCGUAUGUGUCGACGCUAACGACAAUGAGCUGGCAUAUCUUGAGGCUAUCCACCUCUUUGUCGAGAUUCUUGACUCAUUUUUCGACAAUGUAUGCGAGCUGGAUCUUGUCUUCAAUUUCUACAAAGUGUACGCCAUCUUAGACGAGAUAUUUUUGGCGGGAGAGAUUGAGGAAACCAGCAAGGAUGUGGUGUUAUCGAGAUUAGAGGAGCUUGAGAAGCUUGAAUGAUAUGAUGUGUGCUGUUAUUUCUCUCUCUAGCAUCUUGUGAUAAGCUCUAUAGUAAUUAGGAUAUUUUCACCUUGUGACUUACCUUGCUCUACGUGAAUGGAUUUACUAUUUUCAAUACCUAGGCAGGGUUCAUCUUGCACCCCCUUGCACAUACAUCAGCUUCUUUCGAACGGUGCAUCAAGGGCUUGCCGAGCGUGCGGUUCAAAUGUGCUUUUCACCCAUAUCCAUGGAUUAUUACGAUACCUAUUAUUCUCCAUCACAGUGAAGGUGUGUGCACUUGUUGUGUCCAUCACCAAGACCUCAUUUUUUUCAUGAUAGCAGCGAAUCGAGUGGUCUUAUCACGAUGACAAAAUAUGUUCUGAUUUUCCGUUGGAGGAGCCGUCCUAUGGGUUCUUGAUAAGGUACUGUUGCCUU